CUUCCCCACCCGCAUGGAAGGCUGUAAUGGCGUCUACUGAUCUGAGAGACGAGCUGACCUGUGCCAUCUGCCUGACCAUUUAUACAGAGCCUGUAAUCCUGCCAUGUGGACAUAGCUUCUGCUGGGCCUGUAUUGAGAAUGUGCUGGACACACAGGGAGUAAGAGGAUAUUCCUGUCCUGAAUGCAGACAGUUAUUUAACACAAGACCAAACCUGCAAGGAGCUCUAAGACUGUCUAACAUAGUGGAGAGUUUCCGAUCUACUCUCCCAGAGCAGGAGGAGGUUGGGAUCCCCUGUACUUACUGUGUUCACUCUCCUGUACCUGCUGCUAGAACAUGUCUACACUGUGAAGCUUCUCUGUGUGAAACCCACCUGAGGGUCCACAGCAAGUCAGCAGAACAUGUCCUAACUGAACCCACCACUUCACUGGAGAAUAGAAAAUGCUCCGUCCACAAGAAGGUCCUGGAAUAUUACUGCUCUGAGGAUGCUGUCUGUAUCUGUGUGUCCUGCAGGCUGGAUGGAGAGCACAGGGGACACCAGGUGGAGACUCUGAAUGUGACCUCUGAGAAGAAGAAAGAGAAGCUGAGAAAUAUUCUGCAGAAAUUGACCUCAAAGAGAGAGGAGGCUGAUCAAAGAGUCCAGAACCUGCAGGAGCUCAGGAGAGUAGUGCAAGAAAAAGCAGUUGGGGUAACAGAGGAAGUCACUGCCCUGAUUGGUGACAUCAGGGAACAGCUGGAAGCCCUAGAGAAGCGAGUCCUGAGUGAGACCUACAGACAGGAAAAGCAGGUCUCACACCGAGUCUCAGAUUUAAUCCGGCAGCUGGAAAUAAAGAAGGAGGAGCUGUCCAGGAAGAUGGGCCAUAUUGAGGAGAUGUGUAACAUGAUGGAUCCAUUAAAUGUCUUACAAGGGCAGGAAUCAGACGAUGCUGACUAUUGUGAUACUGAGGAGGGAGAGAAUAAGGACAGAGAGAGAGAUGAUAACAAGGUCCAUGCCUGGGACCUGGAUGUGGGUCUGAUCUCAGCAACCUUACACUUAGGCUUAGCUGGGAUUGUGACCGGAGUAAAGAGACAGCGUCAUGAACCGGGGGCUUUAGACAUGUUACUGGGUGUAAACAAAGCUUCAGACAUGUUAUUGGGUGUAAACACGGCUGCUAAUAAUUUAAUUGUAUCAGGUGAUAUGAAAACUGUAACCGGGUCAGAAAUCAAGCAGAGUCGCCCAGAAACACCAGAGAGAUUUCAGAAUUAUCAGGUUUUAAGCUACAGGAGUUUCUCCUCUGGGCGACAUUACUGGGAAGUGGAGGGCAGUGAAUCAGGGGGAUGGGAGGUAGGGAUGGCCUAUUCCAGUAUAGACCGGAACGGACGUCACUCAGGCAUUGGAGAUAAUAACAAGUCCUGGGGUUUGGGGAUGCAUAAUAGGUGGGAAAAUAAUCAGUAUAUUGUGAUGCAUGACAGUAAGAGAAUCAAGGUACCUCACCGUCCUUCCAGUCACAGAUUCGGGAUAUACCUUGACUAUGAGGCUGAGCGGCUGUCCUUUUAUGAGCUGUGUGACCCCAUCAGACACUUACACACCUUCACUGCCACCUUCACUAAGCCGCUUCAUGCUAUAUUCUGUGUAUAUAGGGAUAAUUCCUGGCUGAGAAUUUAAUGUAUUUAAUGAUUUAUUAAUCUAAUUAAAGAGAUUUAACUUAAAA